UAUCAGCGUGAAGCGUAGUGGAGUGGAGAAGUAGCAGACAGACAGACAAGACAAGACAAGACACACAGCCUCCCCCAGGGAUCCCCACGGUCAAAUAGAUAAACGACUGUGUAGAUGGCUGCCAGAGAGGAGUAACUUAGGGAACGGAGCUGCAAACAUUACUUUCGUCAGCCACAAAGUGUCCGGGCAGCUAUUCAUAUUACAAUGGAGCAAGAAUUUGAAGCCAUUGAUUAUUCCAGGGGAUGGCAAAACAUUUACAACGAAAUCCGUAACCAAGCCAAUGAAUAUCCCUACAAUGUGGCAAAACUUCCUGUGAAUCGGAAUUUGAAUCGCUACAGAGAUGUUAGUCCAUAUGAUCACAGCCGGGUAAAACUUGAAAACUCUGAAAAUGACUACAUCAAUGCAAGUUUAGUAACGGUGGAAGAAGCCCAUAGAGCUUACAUUCUUUCUCAGGGACCUUUAAGGAACACUUGUGGUCACUUCUGGCUGAUGAUUUGGGAGCAGUGUUCCAAAGCUGUUAUAAUGCUGAACAGAAUAAUUGAAAAGGGAUCUGAAAAAUGUGCGCAAUACUGGCCAACUACGGAGGAACUACAAAUGUCUUUCACAGAUACGGGUUUUGUUGUCAGGCUACUUUCAGAGGAGGACCAUUCCUAUUUCACAAUCAGAGUGCUAAAAUUACAAAACAUAAAGACAGGGGAGUGGAGAUCAAUUUAUCACUUUCACUACACUGCAUGGCCGGAUUUUGGUGUUCCAGAAUCUCCCGCCUCCUUCCUCAACUUCCUUUUCAAGGUUCGGGAGUCUGGUUCACUGGACAUGGAGCACGGGCCCUCAGUUGUGCACUGCAGUGCUGGGAUUGGGCGAUCUGGGACCUUUGCCUUAGUGGACACCUGCCUGGUCUUGAUGGACCGGAGGAAUAAUCCAGCCUCAGUGGACAUACAGAAGGUUCUUCUGGACAUGAGGGAUUACCGCAUGGGCCUGAUCCAGACUCCUGACCAACUGCGCUUCUCGUACAUGGCCGUCAUCGAGGGAGCCAAACUCCUUGGGACCAACAGUUCAUCACAGGUCAAGCUGGGAGUGAGGACAAGUGAUUAUUUGGAGCCAGAUCUGCCUCCACCUCCACCUCCACCCAGACUGCACUUAAACAACAGCAGACCUUGCCAGGAGUCCCAGCCUACCUUAAAAGACCACAUGCCGUUGCUGGUAGAGAAGCCUCACAACCAAGACCACAGCGAGGCAGAGAGCACUGGACAUGUGAAGAAGCGACACCGCGAAGAGAGGAUUGCCAGCACCUCACAGAAGGUCCAGCAGAUGAAACAGAGACUGACCGACUCGGAGAGAAAAAAAGAGAAGUGGCAGUACUGGAGACCCAUUCUGCUUAAUGUCGGUGCUGGUGCCGCAAUGGCUUUUGGUCUGCUGGUGUGCUGGAUGUAUUCCUCCCAGUGAGCCUCUCUCACUCACUUCGAACUGACUCUUAUUUUGCACCAGUACCUGAGAUUAGGUACUAUCAAAGUAGAUUUAGAGGGUAUUUAUUUCUUAAGGUCACAAUGCGGGAGCGCUAGAUCAAAUGACUCUGUAUAUUUUUAAUAAAUCUAAACAAAAUUAGUAACAUCUCAGGAUCUUGGUGCCAGCAUGAGGAUUUUCUUUCCUUGUCUAUGAAUGUACUGUAUCAUUUCAUGGAAAAUUGGUAUGAAAUGUGCAGUACAAAAGGUUUUUUUUUUUUUUUUACUUUUUUCAUUCUUUAUUUACAAUGGUCAGAUGUGUGCAACCCAUCCUUAGUCACAUCUUUACAUUUAUAAAUUCAAAACUGCUUUCCAGGAAUUUGAUACUUGAGUGUGGGACUUUCUUUCCACUCCCCCAUCCCCUGUUGAAUUUCAUAAAUGCGUUAUUUGUGAAAUGCGCCACUUGUUCUUCCAUUCACAUUCAGCAGGGCAUCCCAAAAUGGAUUGAGUUUAUAUUUUUUAGAUGACUGGACACUCGGAAAGCUGCCUUGCUUCUGUUUUCAUUUGAGGAAAAAGUUUUGUUCAAUUAUAUGAGUGAACGUUUAGCUUUCAUGUCCUUUAUUCGGAUCUGACAAAUAGUCAGGUCCUUCACCUCAUGGUGCACAUACUGACCCACUGGAUGGGUUCAUUUUUGUGUCAUUACACAUUAUCCCACUUAUUACUCUUUAAGGAAACCAAAGCCAACCUGUUUAUUUUCUCGAUCUUUUUUUUUUUUUUUAAACUCUUAUUAGGUGGAAUGUAUAUAUGGCGGAGGUCUGAUACAACUGACUCCUAUUCCUAGUUGCACCUUGGUGUUGCAUGUAACCGCAUUGGUUUGCAACUGAGUGGGACCAAGCUUUAUUAGUUGGAAGUGCAUGACGGAAUAUUAUUCUGUGAGCAAAUGCAAGAGUGUGUGUGUUUGCUAUUUGAGGAUGUGCCUUCAUGUGAUUUGAAAUGGAACUGUGCUAACAGGUUUCCUGCAAGCUCAGCAUCGGUUACGUGAGAUUUUAUACCCCCUUAACAAAAAAGAUAUUUGCAGUGUCCUAACUGCCCAAGGGUUUUGUCAAUUCUGUCAUAAGUAUGGUCUGAUUUGAUUUGGAUGUCUUGGUGUUGACUGACUGCAUGGCGGCUUAUUCUUCUGUGAGCAAAUGCAAGUCUGUGUUUGCUAUUUGAGGAUGUGCCUUCAUGUGAUUUUAAAUGGAACAAAUGUGUGCUACCAGGUUUCCUGCCAGCUCAACAUCAAAGUUCAUGUGAGAUUUGACCCCCCCCCCCUCCACCUUUAACAAAAAAAGAUAUUUGCAGUGUGCUAACUGACCAAGGGUUUUGCCAAUUCUGUCAUAAGUAUGGUGUGAUUUCGCUUGGAUGUUGACUGACUAGUUCACUGUCUGGCUUUUAUCCGUUUUUCAUUGAACCCAUAAACAUUUUUAUUCAUGG